AUGAAAGGUGGAGAAGGGCAGCGUGAAGCUAGAGCACAACAUGGCUGCGAGCUUGUCCACUGUCGGCUGUUGGUCAGAAAUAGGUGUUGCUGCCUUGGACCAUGGGAAGAGAACCACCAGCAGGGCGAGGAGCACGUCCACCCAGCUUGCAUCAUCCUUGAGCCCGAUGUCCUCAUGUCCUGCAGUCCGGAGGCUAACCUACCAGACCACGUAGGAGGAGGUGACAAUGCUGGCAAUUUUUUGGAUGAAAAUUGGAACGGGAUAGGGGAGAGGAAGGUGCAGCGGAAAGAGAAAGAAACCGAGAGGCGCAGCAUCAUGGGUGCCGGAGGCAGGAUGGCGGAGAAGGAGCGGGAGAAGCAGGAACUGCUCGGCCGCACGGGAGCCGGCACGGCCUUCCAGCGCUCACCGAUGGACAAGCCGCCGUUUACGCUGGGCCAGAUCAAGAUGGCAAUCCCGCCUCACUGCUUCCAGCGCUCCCUGGUCAAGUCCUCCUCCUACUUGGUCCAUGACCUCGUCAUCGUCGCGGCGCUCCUGUACGCCGCGCUGGUCUGGAUCCCAGCCCUCCCAGGCAUGCUUCAGCUGGGCGCCUGGCCGCUCUACUGGGUCGCGCAGGGCUGCAUCAUGUUCGGCGUCUGGGUGAUCGCGCAUGAGUGCGGCCACCACGCCUUCUCUGACUACCCGCUGCUCGACGAUAUCGUCGGCCUGGUGCUCCACUCAUGGCUGCUCGUCCCCUACUUCUCGUGGAAGCACAGCCACCGCCGCCACUACUCCAACACCGGGUCGCUGGAGCGUGACGAGGUGUUCGUCCCAAGGCCGAAAGAGGCGCUGCCGUGGUACACCCCCUAUAUCCACGACAACCCCGUCGUCCAUGUGGUGCUCAUCGUCGUGCAGCUCACCCUUGGGUGGUAUAUGUACCUGCCGCUCAACACCUGGGGCCGCCCGUACCCGCGCUUCGCCUGCCAUUUCGACCCCUACAGCCCGAUCUACAACGACCGGGAGCGCGCCCAGAUUUUCAUCUCAGACGUCGGCGUGCUGGCCGUGUCGUUCUUCGCCAUGUUGAAGCUCGUGUCGACGUUCGGGUUCUGGUGGGUGGUGCGGGUCUACGGCGUGCCGCUGAUGAUCGUGAACGCGUGGCUGGUCCUGGUCACCUACCUGCACCACACCCAUCCGGCGCUGCCGCACUACGACUCGACGGAGUGGGACUGGCUGCGGGGGGCGCUCGCCACCAUGGACCGCGACUACGGCAUCCUCAACCGCGUGUUCCACAACAUCACGGACACGCACAUCUUGCACCACCUAUUCUCCAACAUACCGCACUACCACGCCAUGGAGGCCACCAAGGCGAUCAAGCCCAUCCUCGGCGAGUACUAUCAGUUAGACGCCACCCCCCUCGCUAAGGCCACAUGGCGCGAGGCCAAGGAGUGCCUGUACAUCGAGCGCGAGGACAGCAAGGGGAUCUUCUGGUACAGCAACAAGUUCUAGCCGCCAGGAUCCAUCAACCGUGCUGCAGGAAGAACUCAGGAAGAGAUCCAGGGCAUUUGGGCGGAAGGAAGACUAUUACCGUGGUUUUGCUCAGUUCCAUCUUUACUUUUUUCUCUGUGAUUUAGUCGCCGGACAUGGUUUGGCCGGCGGUCGUCCUUGGUGUCCGUGGCCAUUGACAUGGCCGU